AUGCAGACAAAGACGUCUACGACAAAGAGCGGCUGCAAGCGCACCUCGGCCAGGCCAAAGAAUGGGCCUAAUCCUCGGUCGCGGUCGGGCUGUGCCACCUGCAAGGCCAAACAUACAAAAUGCGACGAGACGAGACCAGAGUGUUUAAGAUGUAUUCGAAAAGGUGUCAAGUGUGGAGGGUAUUGGAAGGAGUUCAAGUGGUCGUUUAAACACCAGCCCGGCGAGAUGGACAUCAACAUCCAGACUGGUCCCUCACCCACACCCUCGCGAAGAGGCUCAUCCGUUCGAACCGACAAGACACCUACGACAGCAGUACCCAUGACAAUACUAGAUCCUGCUCCUGGACCUUCGAAACAAGACGACUUGGCGACAGAGGAUGCUUCAUCCAUCUUGGGCGACGCUAGCUGGACAAGCAGUUCCUGCACCGACUCGGAGACGGACCUCUUUGCCCAGACAAAUCCCAUGGUAGACACCAGCGACAUGACAGCCAUGACUCCAACUGUCGAAAUGACCUCUCAGGCCCUCGUCCCUCCCGCCGGCCAGUACCUCGAGAGCACACCGCUAACCGUCAGCCUCAUCGCCGACACGUCGUCGCUCCUCAUCAGCAACUGGUUCGAGCAGGUGUGCACGGCAUGGUCGGGCUUCGAUUCGGAGACCAACCUGAACCGCAAGCUGGCUCUCGAGCUGUGCACGACCUCUCACUCGGUGUUUAGCUCGCUGCAGAGCAUGUCUGCUGGCUUCUUGUCGACCCGGUUGCCCAACAUGAGGCAGUCUGCCAUGUAUUUCCUCCAGGCGGCGACAGGGUCGGUUCUUUCCGAGGCAAAGGAGGUUAGUUGCCGGACAGUACUUGACACGAUUCCUUCUGGACUAUUAUUUUCGUUAUUCUGCUUGGGAACGACUGUGUGCUGGGUGGAUGCAAGGCAACUUGGUCUACCCUUCUUCCGAGAAGCAAAAAUGAUUCUGAAACGCCUCAACCGUCGCCUUUCAACAUAUUCCGAAAAAGACCUGGAGUUGCUCUCCUUCUUCAACAGGAGUUUUGCAUACUGCGAGAUGCUCCUCGCCGCUGUCGAGGAUGAGACAGAUGCUGUCGUCGAAUCAGACAACACCAUCAUCGGACCCCGGACUGACCCAAACAUGCAAUUAGCUGAGCGAUAUAUCGACAAUUCACCUCAUCCGUGGACGGGCAUCUCGCCACUUGCUGCCCAGCUUUUUGCUCAGUCGAUACGGUUAUGCCGGAGCUUCCGUCGGCACCUCAAGCUGCCCAAAGAGACGGAACGGGACUUUCAACGAGCACUGGAGGAGAUUCAGGAAGCCCAACGACUGGAGGAGCGUUUACUGGGAUUGGAGUUUUCGGCUGCCGUUUCAGUCACCGAGACCGGAGACUAUCGCACACCUGCGCUUCACUUUUCACAGAUCGCAGAGGCUUACCAGCUGGCCGCGUUGCUUCAGCUGUACCAGACCUUCCCUGACCUUGUUGCCCUACGGUUACCGCUGGACUCUGCGCACGCAAACAGCAGACACAUCCCGUGGGAGGAGUGGAUCAUCCCCCUCAGCCUGCGACUCGUCAACGUCCUCGAGCAGAUCCCGCCCAACUCUGGAACACGUGUCAUCCAGCCUCUGCUGUACAUCACAGCCAGCACCGGUCUCCGCUACGACACCAUGACCCUCCUCGACGUUCCAGGCUUCUCAUUCGAGACAGCUGCCAGCCCCGUCGCCGGCUUCCAACCAGGUCCCUUUGGCGCCUUACCCGGCGACCCCAUGGAGGCGCUGGGCACGUCUCCGGCUUCGGCACCUCUAGGGAACCUCAUCUCCCGCAUGUCUCUUGACAUCAGUAAUGCUCGGCAUUUCAUCACCGGGAGACUCAACAUGCUGGAGAAUACUUUACCGCCGAAGCCGGUGGUGAUGGCGAGAGAACUGAUCAAGGCCAUCUGGGACGCGUACGACAAUGAGGCGCCGGGGUCGGCGACGGUUCACUGGGUGGAUGUGAUGGAGGAUAAGAAUCUACGGUCAAUGUUUGGUUAA